AUGGCGGUGUUCCCGGGUCGGCUCACCCCAGGGCUCCUGCUGUCAGUGCUGCUGGUAACCGCCGCUGUGGCUCAGCCUACCAGUCUGCUUCACCUGCUCACCUCAGGCCAGGGUGCUCUGGAUCGAGAAGCACUGGGCAGCCUGUUAAAUAUGCUGGCGGACCGUGUGCACUGCACCGACGUGCCGUGUGGAAAGUGCCUGUCCGUGGAGGACGCCUUGGCCCUGGGCAGGCCUGACAAGCCAGGGCUAGUUCUGGAGUCCAAAUACAUUGGCCACCUCAGUGCUGCCGUGGCCCUCUACCUUAGCAACCCUGAGGGCACAUGUGUGGACAUCCGGGCUGGCCGCCUGGCCUCCCAGGUUGACCAUUUCCUGAGACAACUCGGGAGUCCUGACGCCAUGACCCUAGGCCUGAAUCAGCUGCUGCAGAAGUUGGAGACCCAGACUUCCAUCCAGUCCCCUGGGGAGGAGACCUGCGUAGGUGUCCCUCAGCUGCUGGAGGAGGUGGAAGAAGCCGGAGCUCCUGGCAGCCCUGGCCCGGCCCUGGCCGCCCUGCUAGACCACGUCAGGAGCGGGUCUUGUUUCCAGCCCCUGCCCAGCCCUCGCAGCCUCCCGAGCCCUCAGUACUUUGUGGACUUCGUGUUCCGGCAGCAUGGCGGCCAGACUCCCAACAUCUCCCUAGCCGAGCUCCAGGUUCUGAUGCAGCGCCUAGGGGUGGGCAGAGAGGACCUUGGCGACCACGAUGACCAUGACCAUAGUGACCACCACGAUCUGGGCAGGGGCACCAAUGAGGGGUCUCGUGAGGCCCCCGGCAGCAGCUCCAGCGAGUGGGAUAAGGUGUGCCUGAGAGCCAGCGACCUGAUGGCCGUGUAUGGGUGGUCUGAGCAGGCCGGGGUGACCCCUCAGGCCUGGGCUCAGAUGAGCCCUGCCCUGCUUCAGCAGCAGCUGAGCGGGGCCUGCGACCCCCAGCCUCGGUCCCCCGCCAAGGACCAGCUCAGCCAGGCCGAGAGGUAUCUGUACGGCUCCCUUGCCACGCUGCUCAUCUGUCUGUGCGCCGUGUUCGGCCUCCUGCUGUUGACCUGCUCGGGCUGCAGCACAGCCACCCACUACAUCAUGCAAGCCUUCCUGGGCCUGGCCGUGGGGGCCCUCACUGGGGACGCCCUUCUGCACCUGAUCCCCAAGGUGCUGGGGCUGCACACCCACAGCGGGGAGCAUCACUCGCACGAGGAGGAGACGGGCCUCGGCCUACAGUCAACCUGGCGGCUGCUGGCUGUGCUCGGAGGCCUGUACCUCUUCUUCCUGUUUGAGAGCCUCUUCAACCUCCUGCUGCCCAGUGAACAGGACCCAGAGAAGAAUGGGCCCUGCCGCCACGCUGGCCACAGCCACGGUGGCCACAGCCAUGGAGUGUCCCUGCAGCUGGCGCCCAGGGAGCUGCAGCAACGCAAGCAGCCCCUCGCAGGCUCGCAAGCGGACCUGGUGACCGAGGAGGGUUCGGAACCACUGGGCCUGGAGCCCCAGACACUGAGCCGAGAGCUGAGGCUGCUGCCCUACAUGAUUACAUUUGGGGACGCUGUGCACAACUUUGCGGAUGGACUGGCCGUGGGCGCAGCCUUCGCGUCCUCCUGGAAGACUGGGCUGGCCACCGCCCUGGCCGUGUUCUGCCACGAGCUGCCCCACGAGCUGGGAGACUUUGCGGCCCUGCUGCAGGCGGGGCUGACUGUGAGGCGCGCACUGCUGCUGAACCUGGGCUCUGCACUCACAGCCUUCGCCGGCCUCUACCUGGCCCUGGCCAUCGGGGUUGGUGAGGAGAGUGAGGCUUGGAUCUUGGCGGUGGCCACCGGCCUCUUCCUCUACGUGGCGCUCAGUGACAUGCUCCCAGCUGUGCUAAAUGUGCGGGACCCACGGCCCUGGCUCCUCUUCCUGCUGCACAACCUGGGCCUCCUGGGUGGCUGGACCAUCCUGCUGCUGCUGUCCUUGUACGAGGAGAGCAUCACCUUCUGAUGCGCUGCUCUGGCCCCUGACCCCUGGCCCCGCCUCCCCUGGCCUGGGCCCCUGCCCAGUGGCCAGAGCGUGUCCAAGGCUUUCAAUAGUCCCCCUGCCUGUGUCCCAUCUCUGACUCAAUAAAGACUACCCUUGAAGUGCA